AUGACUAGAGCUAAGAAAGAUCAAGCUAAGAGUAUUUACAUUAAAGCUUCUGAAGAGGUGUCAGACACCAUGACACCUCUCGAUCCCGACGUCACCGAGGAAACGAGCUUUAACAAAUAUAAUUCGCUUAUUCAAAGCACCAAUGCAUAUUGCUGUUUCAGGUGGUUGACUGUUUUUAAAAAAAGAAACCCAGGAUUUUUAUGA